CGAUCGAUGAUGGUACUGGGAAUUCUUAUUGGAACUUGUACCACGGGCAAUGUCCACCUGGGGGUUACUUUGACCCUACACUACUUAUUUGUAUGGAAAGUCCAGUUUUACCCAGUACGAUAACUAUGACCCCUGCAGUAUUCACGUGCACAACAGAAGGCACAUUCCCAAGUGAGGAUUGUAGCAAAUAUUAUAGGUGCAUCACACUUGAUGGCGUACUACGAAAAUACAUCAUGACUUGUCCAGAAAAUACUUUCUUCAACGCUACAAGUUUACUAUGCACUAUUGGAACCUGUAGCUCAACGACAACUCUGGCCCCGCCAACUACUAUAGGGCCCGGAGGAACAACAACACUAGCAACUACGACGCCGCCACCAACUACCGUACCAAGUACGGUUCCAACAACAAUCCCAACUACAGUUCCAACUACCGCACCAACUACAGUUCCAAUGACAGUUUCAACUACCAUAUUAACCACCACAACCCUGGCCCCAUUCCAAUGCAAGGUUCCAGGUACUUUCCCGGACCCUUCAAGCUGCAGAAAAUACAUCAGGUGCGUCUUGAUUUCAGGAAUAUUGCGAACAUAUUUUUACACUUGUCCCCAAGGAUCAUACUUUAAUUCAAUCCAGACGUUGUGUGUGCUUGGGACAUGUUAAAACCCUUGUGUGAAUUUGAUUAUACAAAUUUCAAUUUGUAUCAUCAAUCUCUCCCGCGCGCCCGUGUUGGCAGCAUGGGAGAAAAACCUGCUCUCCUCAUAUUUUAUAUAAUUUUAAGUUUUCUACCAUUUAAAUUAAUUCAUUGAGCGAAUUUUCCAUCAAAGGUUGUUUUAAUUUAAUAGUAUAAAGUGCUCUAUACAUUACACUACUAAUUAAUUGCUGAUUCCGCCAACGACAUGGGUUUAUCUGGCUGGAUUUCUUGUUCCUGUUCCUGUUCUCAUAUCAUUAUAAAUGAACGGAGGGGCAGUUUGGCGAGCUAACUGCCCCUUUAUUGGCAAGUCUCCUCCCCCUGAUUUUUACAACUUGUACAAAGAGAAAAUUGCGUGUCAUAAGUUCAAUGAUAUCUCACAAAGGAUUAACUUAUUCAGGCAGCUGGAAAAUCAUUCUUCUGGGAUUUCGUCAUCAUUAUGGAACCAAAUUGAGGACUUCAAUUAUUAUUACUCCACCUCCACUUAUCGUUCAAAAAAGAAGAAGAAAAAGAAAGGCGCUAAACGAGGAAGACGGUUUGAAGCGAAGAAAUCUUUUACUAAAUAUUUAAAUAACAUCCCUCGUGGUCUAGUUUUGAAUAAUUUAAUUAAUAUUGGAAUAUCGGAGUGUAAAAAAUCGUCCCCUCUCAAAUUUAAUUUACCCAGAUUUUUUUACACAAACCCAACGUCUCUAUCCGUAGCAAAAUUGGACAUUUUUGAAGGUUUACUGGUUGACCAUGAUUUAGGGCUUUUCUGUGAGACAUGGUGGAAAAAUGACCAGGUUAAAAAUAUCCCGCAUUUUAAUACUUUCGCUAGGAACAGAAAUUAUACUGAUAUUAAGGGGCGUAUAAAAAAGGGUGGUGGAUUAGCUAUCUUUCUCAGGGACACAUUUAGAGGUAGAAUAUAUAAUCCUAAUGUCAAAGUCGACGAACGUAUUGAGUUUCUUGUAAUAUCUGUUAAACUUGAUUUGUUGCCUUACUCACUUUCAAAUGUAAUUAUUAUAUUAAUUUAUAUUCCGCCCCAAUAUGUAACGGAACUAAGUCAAGAGCUUAACGAGUUUUUAAGUAAUGUGGUAACCAAUGUAAAAACCAAAUUUUCUAAGCCUGGUAUAUUUUUGUUUGGCGAUUUUAACCGGUGGGAUUAUGGCCAAUUUGUCGAAACUUCUAAAUUAGAUUUAGUAGUACGUUUCCCUACGUUUUUUAAUUCUAGAUCACAUAGUAUGAGUAACCUUGACUUAAUUUUUACUAAUUUAAAAUCAUAUUAUUGCGAGCCUGUUCCACUGCCCCCCUGUUAAAGGAACGGCAAGAAAUAGAGUACA